AUGAAAGGAGGUCCAUCUGGUUCAGUUCGGAGUGUGGUAACCAAACAUCCCCUGGAUCCUCAUUGGGCAGCUUUGGCACAGAAACAGCUGAAAGGAGCUGACCCAGCCAAGAAACUCAUAUGGAAGACACAAGAAGGAAUCAACGUUAAGCCACUUUAUACCCAGGGGGACAUUGCAGGCCUUGAAGAUGAACUUCCAGGGCAGUAUCCAUUCACCAGGGGUCCCUACCCAACAAUGUAUGCUCAGAGACCAUGGACAAUUCGUCAAUAUGCUGGGUUCAGCACAGUAGAAGAGAGUAAUAAGUUCUACAGGGACAACUUGAAAGCUGGUCAACAAGGCUUAAGCGUAGCCUUUGACCUUGCCACACAUAGAGGAUAUGAUUCAGAUGAUCCUAGAGUGCAUGGAGAUGUUGGGAUGGCUGGAGUUGCAGUGGAUACUGUUGAGGACAUGAAAGCUCUUUUUGAUGGAAUUCCAUUGGAGAAGAUUUCUGUGUCAAUGACAAUGAAUGGGGCCGUCGUCCCCAUCCUGGCCAUGUUCAUUGUAGCUGGUCAGGAGCAGGGUGUAGAGUUGAAACAACUGUCUGGAACCAUCCAGAAUGAUAUAUUGAAGGAAUUCAUGGUCCGCAACACAUACAUCUAUCCUCCUGAACCUUCACUGCAUAUCAUUGGUGACAUAUUCCAAUAUGUCUCUAAGAAAAUGCCAAAAUUCAACUCCAUCAGCAUCAGUGGGUAUCACAUGCAAGAAGCUGGGGCCAAUGCUGUGCUGGAAGCAGCCUUCACUCUUGCAGAUGGCUUGGAAUAUUGCAAAAUUGGGCGAAAAGCUGGAAUGGAUAUAGAUGAGUUUGCCCCAAGACUUUCCUUCUUUUGGGGUGUUGGAAUGAAUUUCUACAUGGAGAUAGCCAAGAUGAGAGGGGCUCGUCGUCUCUGGGCUGAAAAUCUCAAGAAACUUUUUAAUCCAAAGGAUCAAAAAUCCAUGAUGCUUCGCACUCACAGUCAAACCUCUGGCUGGUCCCUCACUGAACAGGAUCCAUACAAUAACAUUGUGAGGACAACAAUUGAGGCAAUGGCUGCUGUUUUUGGAGGGACACAGUCCCUACACACAAAUGCAUUUGAUGAGGCACUUGCACUCCCAUCCAAGUUUUCAGCUCGCAUUGCUCGCAACACUCAAAUCAUCUUGCAAGAAGAGUCAGGAAUCCCCAAGGUUUCAUUUUUACUCACCCCAUUCUAUAGUUUUUUUGAUCCAGUUAUCAAACUCCUCUGCUUCUACUCCAUACAGAUCAUCGACCCAUGGGCAGGUUCAUAUGCAAUGGAAUCCCUUACAAAUGAAAUUUAUCAUGAGGCAAAGAAAGUGAUGGAUGAGGUAGAAGGAAUGGGAGGGAUGGCAAAGGCUGUUGCUACUGGUUGGCCCAAGCUCAAGAUUGAGGAAUGUGCUGCCCGCCGCCAGGCCCUCAUUGACAGUGGAAAAGAGGUCAUUGUGGGUGUGAACAAGCAUCGAUUGGAAAAGGAAGAAACUAUCGAUGUCCUUGUUAUUGACAACUCCAUGGUCCGCCACUCUCAAAUUGAGAAACUUCAAAAGGUGAAGAAAACACGAGAUGCCGACGCUGCCAAGAGGGCCCUGGAUGCACUUCAUUCCUGUGCAAAAACUGGGAAGGGAAAUCUACUUGAACUGGCUGUGGAAUGUGCUCGUACUCGCUGCACAGUUGGAGAGAUCUCCAAAGCCAUGGAGAGUGCAUUUGGUCGUUAUGUGGCCAAGGAUCAGCUGGUGUCUGGGGCAUACAGAACAGAAUAUGGUGCCCAAGCAGAGUUGGAGGCUGUCAUGCGGCGAGUGGAAGAAUUUGUGGGCUUGGAAGGUCGUCGACCCAGGAUCUUGGUUGCCAAGAUGGGUCAAGAUGGACAUGACCGUGGGGCUAAGGUGAUUGCAACUGGAUUUGCUGACCUUGGCUUUGAUGUCGAUGUUGGACCACUUUUCUCGGUGAGAGAA